UAGAAUGAAAUAAAAGGAAAAAAGCAAAAAGAAAACAUAAAACACUCAGUAUCUCCGGCUAGUGGAAACCGGACCUCAAGAUCAAAUUAGGGCGCAAAGCCCUGUUGGAGACAGAAGCCAUGGGGAGAAAGAAACUUGAAAUCAAGCCGAUUGAGAACAAAAGUAGCCGACAAGUUACCUUCUCCAAACGACGCAACGGUCUCAUCGAGAAAGCUCGUCAGCUUUCCGUUCUCUGUGACGCAUCCGUCGCUCUUCUUGUCGUCUCCGCCUCCAGAAAACUCUACAGCUUCUCCUCCGGUGAUAACCUGGUCAAGAUCCUUGAUCGAUACGGAAAGCAACAUGGUGAUGAUCUUAAAGCCUUGGAUCGUCAGUCAAAAGCUUUGGACUCUGGUUCACACCAUGAGCUGCUGGAACUUGUGGAAAGCAAGCUUGAGGAAUCAAAUGUCGAUAAUGUAAGUGUGGGUUCCCUGGUUCAGCUGGAGGAACACCUUGAGAACGCCCUCUCCGUAACAAGAGCUAGGAAGACAGAACUAAUGUUGAAGCUUGUCGAGAACCUUAAAGAAAAGGAGAAGUUGCUGGAAGAGGAGAACCAUGUUUUGGCUAGCCAGAUGGAGAAGAGUAAUCUUGUGCGAGCCGAAGCUGAUAAUAUGGAGGUGUCACCUGGACAAAUCUCCGACAUCAAUCUUCUGGUAACGCUCCCACUGCUUAAUUAGUUACCGUUAAUCGGCGAAUAAAUAAAAUCCAAAACAUAUAAUUAAAACAAACAAGAUGUGUAAUUAUCCCCUUGUAAAGGGUGUACGCUGUAUAAUCUUAAUACUCUCUCCGGCUCGAGAGGCUUCGGGUGUAAAACUAUUUCAGAUUUAUGUAAGAUAGAAAAUCUAUGCAAGACA